AUGAAAACCGCUUUUAUGGUGGCUGAAAAGCCAUCUCUAGCCGCAUCUUUGGCUAAUAUUUUAAGUAAUGGACACUGUUCAUCUAGAAAAGGAAUGAAUGGAUCAUGCUCAGUACAUGAAUGGGUUGGACAAUUUAAAUCAGAAACUGUUAAUUUUAAAAUGACCUCAGUUUGUGGUCAUGUUAUGAGUUUUGAUUUUGUGGGUAAAUAUAACAGUUGGGACAAAGUGGAUCCAGCUGAAUUAUUUUCUUGUCCAACAGAAAAAAAAGAAGCAGUACCUAAACUUAAAAUUCCAACAUUUCUUGCCAAAGAGGGAUCAAAUCUAGAUUAUUUAAUUUUAUGGUUAGAUUGUGAUAAAGAAGGUGAAAAUAUUUGUUUUGAAGUUAUACAUGCUCUUCAAUACGCACGCCAGAUAAAUCCAAAUAAUAUAUGGAGAGCCCGUUUUUCAGCAAUUACUGAUCGUGAUAUUAAAUAUGCAUUAGCGAAUCUUGUUAAGCCGAAUGAAAACGAAGCUAAAAGUGUCGAUGCUCGUCAAGAAUUGGAUUUACGUAUUGGUUGUGCGUUUACUCGAUUUCAGACAAAAUUUUUCCAAGGAAAAUAUGGUGACUUAGAUGCUUCAUUAAUAUCAUAUGGACCCUGUCAAACACCAACAUUAGGAUUUUGUGUCCAGAGACACGAUGAAAUUUCAACUUUCAAACCUGAUCCUUAUUGGGUGUUACAAGUGACUAUAAAAUUAUCAGAUAGUCUAGAAUUAUCUCUGAACUGGGAUAGAAACCGCUUGUUUGACAAAGAAAUAGCUAAUUUAUUUCUCAGUCUCGUGAAAGAUCAUCGUGAAGCGAUAGUUGUCAGUGUUCAAAGUGUCGAAAAAACGAAAGCACGACCACUAGCAUUGAACACAGUAGAGUUAAUGAGGAUUUCAAGUUCUGGAUUAGGUAUGGGACCACAUCAUGCCAUGCAGAUAGCUGAGCGUCUUUACAUACAAGGAUACAUCAGUUAUCCACGAACUGAAACGACAUCUUAUCCAGAAAACUUUGAUUUAUUAGCAACAUUGAAACAACAACGAAACUCUUCCGAUUGGGGUGAUGAUGUAAGAAAAAUAUUGGAAAAAGGAAUAAAUCGUCCGAGAAAAGGUCAUGAUGCUGGUGACCAUCCUCCGAUUACACCAAUGAAAUCUGCUUCCAGAAAUGAAUUAGACGGGGAUAGUUGGAGACUGUAUGACUUUAUUACUCGACAUUUUAUUGCAACGGUUGCACCCGAUUGUAGGUACUUGAGUACAACAGUGAAAUUUUCAAUUGGCAUAGAAUCAUUCUCUCUAGUCGGUCGAACAACCAUUGAUCCUGGCUACACAAGUUUACUUACGUGGCAGUCAAUAAAUGAAAACAAUAGUUUACCACAAUUCUUUCAAGGUGACAAAUGUAAUAUCAGUGAUAUAAAAUUAUCAGAAUGUUUUACACAGCCACCUGAUUAUUUAACCGAAUCUGAAUUAAUCACUCUAAUGGAAAAACACGGUAUUGGUACUGAUGCAUCCAUUCCAGUACAUAUCAAUAAUAUCUGUACAAGAAAUUAUGUCAAUGUUGUUACUGGAAGAAAACUCGUUCCAACUUCACUUGGAAUCGUUCUUGUUCAUGGAUAUCAAAAGAUUGAUCCAGAGUUAGUAUUACCAACAAUGAGAACAGCAGUUGAAGAACAACUUAAUCUGAUCGCGUUAGGACAAGCUAAUUACAGUGCAGUUCUCAAUCACACCGUAGAAAUAUUCAGACAAAAAUUCCAUUAUUUUGUUUCAAAUAUUGAAGGAAUGGAUCAACUAUUUGAAGUAUCAUUCUCUCCAUUAUCUGCAACGGGGAAAGCGUUAUCUCGGUGUGGUAAAUGUCGGCGGUAUAUGAAAUAUAUUCAAACAAAACCAACUCGAUUACAUUGCGCUCACUGCAAUGAAACUUAUAAUUUACCACAAAAUGGGAAUAUUCGUAUUUACAAAGAAUUGAAAUGUCCAUUAGAUGACUUUGAAUUAUUAUCAUGGUCAACAGGUAUUCGAGGCAAGAGUUUUAUAUUCUGCCCAUAUUGUUAUAACAAUCCACCAUUCCGUGAUAUGAAGAAAGGUAAUUUAGGAUGUAAUUCUUGUACUCAUCCUACAUGUCCCCAUGGAUUGAAUUCCAAUGGAAUAUCUAGUUGUUUAGAGUGUGAUCAUGGAAUAUUAGUUCUGGAUCCUUCCUCAGGACCUAAAUGGAAGUUAGGAUGUAAUCGUUGUGACGUUAUCAUUCACUUUUUUGAAAAUGCUCAUAAAAUAUCUAUUGAUCCAGAAGUAUGUUCUGAAUGUGGAGCACAAUUAAUAGCAGUUGAAUAUAAACCCGAUAAAAGUAAAUUACCAAACGAUGCUACGGAAAUGGUAGGCUGUGUAUUUUGCACCACUGCUUUUACACAAUUAAUUGAAAAACAUAGAGCUGUUGCGUCCAAACCCGUUAUAACACGAACUCGUGGUCAUUCUAAUAAAAGUCGCGGCAGAGGAAAAUCAAGACCGCCAAAAGACAAAAUGGCACAGUUAGCUGCAUAUUUUGUUUAA